AUGGCAUAUUAUUCACAAUGGUAUGAGCAAAGCGUCUCAAAAUCUGCCACAUGUAAAAAUAAGAAGGGCAAAGCUGCGCAAGCACACAUCAUUUUCGACAAGAGUCAAACAGACCUGAUGGCAGCACAAGUCACCGUUUCGUCAGUGCAAGACAAAUUUGUCUAUAAUUUGGAAUUUGUUAAACCAACAAGCAGCACAGCGACCGGUCUUUUUUCAACUGAAUUCUCAACAAACAGCCACAAAACUUCAUCAUCAUCGAAUGCAUACUACACUUUCCCACAACGACCAACCUCAUCGCAAUCAGAAGGACACACGCGAACAGGAAGCACCGUCUCGGAUACUUACUCGACAACUUCGGCGACAAGUCAAUUAUCAGAGGACUCGCUUUGGGAUGAUUGGAUUGUAAAAUUCAUUAGUAGCGACGAAAGACAACAAAUUAUUGACGAAGAUUCAUUAGAAGAAUGGAUUUUCGAUACAACAUCUUAA